AUGGAUAUUUUCAUCAAUAAACAUAGGAAAUCCCAUAAUAUCAUUCCGGCUUCAACAGGAGCAACCAAGGCCUUCGGAAAAGUUAUUCCAUCGUUACAAGGAAAAUUGACGGGCAUGGCCUUCAGAGUACCAGAACCAAAUGUGUCCAUAGUUGAUUUAACUUGUCGAUUGGGAAAAGGAGCAUCUAUGGAUGAAAUUAAAAAGAAAGUUAAAGAAGCUAAUCUGAAUGAAUUUAAAGGAAUUAUGGGGUAUACUGAAGAACAAGUGGUUUCUACAGAUCUGAAUGGAGAUCCCAGAAGCUGCAUUUUUGAUGCCGGUGCGUGCAUAUCCCUUAAUGACAACUUCGUGAAAUUGGUUGCAUGGCAUGAUAACGAAUAUUGA